AAACCAUCUAGUGAAGUUUGCAUCGCUUUUGUAUUUAGUUUUACAGCAACCUUGACAAGCUACGUCAUUUUUUUUUUUAUUUCUUUCUUUAUGUUGUAUAAUUACUUAAGAUCACUAUUAGUGGAACUUUAAGAUGAUUUUGAAACGAAAUAAUGGACGACCAGCAGCCUACCGUUUAUAUAACAAACACCUUAUUAUGAAGGGUUUUAGGAGGCGAAGGACGAAAGCGAUUGAACUCCAAGAAUGCCUAAACGAACUUUUAAGUAAAGAUGGCAAUUUAAUUCACAGGAUCCGAAUGAUGUCCAUGCAUAGAACCCGAUCCAUUCUAGCUGAAUCCAUUAAAUUGCUACGGCGACGAAAUCGUAAGCAUGAAAGAAAUUAUCUGCGAGAUGAACACAAUGACAGAAAACUGAAGUUACUAUUAAAAAAAUUAUUUGAUCAUAAGACACAUAGUUUAUAUCUCAAAAAAAUGUUAGCAAAUCUGAAGAUUCAAAUUAAUGAGCAUGAUUGCAGUAAUAUUGCAGAAAUUUUAAAGUCACAUCUAAAAGUAAUGAGAAAAUUAACCAAAGGCAACUUAAAAGAAGCUGAAGAAUGUUAUAAUGUUGCACGCCAAUUGCGGUAUAUGAGUAGAAGUAGGUCUACAAGACGCAAACCAAAAAAAUCCUUUGAAAAAUCCAUAUGGAUUUUCUUAAAUUCACUAAAAACCCAGAAGAAUGUGGAAACAACAAAGAUAAUGAAUAACAAUAAAAAAGAAUCCUACACGGUGAACAAAAAACGAAAUUUAUUUGAUUUGGGGGAGGAUCCUAAUGAAAAGCCACGUAAAAAACGUAUUCAUAAGCAACGCAUUUUACGGCCAAAACAAUUAGGCGCAAUGAACUUUGAUUUAAUGAAGGAUUCAAAUGUAGUUUCUCAAAAAAAGAGCACUCAUAACAUAGCAUCAAGGCUAAAGGUUAAAGUUUAUCCCCGAGAAAAGACCCAAACAUACAAUACAGCGGACAGAGAAACAACACCUUAUACAGAUACAGAUUUAAAACAAGCAGAUAAAGAAGAAAAUCAGCAGGGAACCUGGAGAAAACCCCCCUAUACCGACUCAAAAAUACUUAAAGGUAGAGUCAAAAAGAGGAUGAAAAAUAAAAAAGUCUCGAAAUUGAAAAAGGAAUUUACGUUAACAAAUGCAACGAUUGAAGACGAAUCCUUGCAAAAGGAUCAAUCGGAACAGAUAGAGAAGGAGAAUCAUACAAAAAAUGAUCUUACUAAGUUUCCAAAAUCUUCAAAUCUUAACAAUAUACAAAAUUUCUCAACAUACGAAAAAUUGAAAUCUGCGUACCAAGUGGAAACUUUAAAACCAUUGGGAAAAAGUUAUGUUCUUAAUAGAAAAAAUAAAAUAGGUACAUCUGAUGAAAGCCUAGCCAAGAACCAGAAGAUGACUGUAUCGAAAUAUUUCGACAUCAAAUCAAAGUUGAAUCCUGUUUUAAGCGCAUCUGAGAUAUCUCAAACAAACUCCUUUUCAGUGGCAAAACCGAAAGUUUAUUCCUCGUUGAAAUCAUUGGAUAGCGUAACAAAAGAUUCAGCACAGCUACCCAUGUCAUCAAUGGCCACAACGAUUAUCAAUCGCUUAUUCGAAGAAAAGCCAAUAGCUUCGGAUGAACCAAAAAGAUUUCACAAAACAAUGGACGCCACAAAAAUGUCAGCAAACAGUUUUCUGGCAACGAUUUCUAAGAUCAAGGCCUCGGAUUGGAUAAGUGCGGUGUGGAACGAUUUGCGGGGAAAGUAUAAAGAGUGGUCGUCGUAUGUUAAAACGCCCGAGGAUGCUCACAAACUGAAGGAAAUUCUCAAGUGGCGCUACAUUCAAAAUGUUCAAAAGGUCUUGUACAAUCAUGUCAAGCUUCUCAAGAUCGAUUCAGACGGUGGACGAUCAGAAACAGAGAGCAGAAAAUCUGUUAUGUCCAGUAGGGCCAUUCGCUCCAGCUUCCGAAUACCAACUAACUUUGUAUCUUUGGGAGUCAAAAGGGCAUCUAGCACAGACAUUUCGACGCUCAGACAAACGCACGACGCCUUUGUGCGAUCGCAAAUGGAUACGUUGAAGUCUGGCGCUUUUGACAAGGAUGUGGAGCAAAUGGAGCACAUGAUCAUGGGUAGACAGGUACCCAUAAGUGCGGAGGAAGUUGAAAUCUUUAAGAAAUAUAAAAGUGACCCUCAGCACUACAACGUAUUGAUACUAAACUUCGGUAAACACAUUUCGGAUGAAAAGUAUGAGGAAUUGUUGCCAGUUCUGGAGAAGAAUUUUCAAUUUAUAAGCGAACAAUUAGUGGCACUUUCAAGGGAAAGGAGGGUUCAGAAAAUGCAAGCCAAAAUCGAAAUGCAAAGAGCAGAAGAGGAAGUAGCAUCAAAAAUAUCUGGUGAAAGCUACACCAUAGAUCGUACAGACUUAAGUGAAUAUCUGGAGAAAAGGAGGGACUGGUGGGCAGCCUACAUAGCCAAACAGGCCAGGACUCCUACAGAGAUGCUUUUGGACGAAGCCCGGUAUCAGAAACGAAUGGACCAGCUGGCCAAAAAGAGGGAAGAGCGCGAGCAACGAAGACUACAACAGCAGCGGAUUCACAAAAAGAGGAGAUCACUUAGUGCCCAAUUCAGAGCUCCAAGGCAAACGCACCGCCAGCGACAAGCCAUGGAGGAUAUUAAGGAGAAGCUGGAGGGCAGGAAGUCGAAAUGCUCGCUAACAUCAUUGUGCUGUCGGCAAUGCAGCAGGUGCGGCUUGAUCUGGAUACAGAAGUGCUCCGAAGAUUCCGACGAUAGCUCAGCAGAACACAUCUGUCAAAAUGUAGACGUAUGAUAGGUCUUAGGAUAUGUACAAAUUCCGUGGGAAGAUCUUAUUUUGUGGUGGUACAGAAGUCUCUCUCCACCAAAUUCUAACCGAAUGUUUGAAUGAAUUUGGUGAAGAGAGAUUUUUCUACUACCAAGGAUUGUUAUAAUUUGAAUGUGUGAGGUGCAACGAAAGUGUAGGAAUAACUUUUAACCAUUUCCAAAAACAAACAAAAACACAUGGAAUAUGACGUAACAUUUAUAAUAUGUAUAUACUCUAACAA